ACUGCGCGAGCCCCUCCACAACACCCGACCCUGCCUUGGGCUGUUCCAGCCUUCCGCCUAACCUCUGAGAAACCUCUGAGGCGAAGCUCAACAACCAUCAAUAACCCUCCCUCGCGAUCUGUUAUCCUCCCCACAGUCGCUGAAACGCGGCUGUCCGUCGCAACAUGGGAAAGCUCAUUCGUCUCGAGCUUUUUAACUUCAAAUCAUACAAGGGUCACCAUGUGCUUCUAUUCGGUGAUGCCUACUUCACCUCCAUCAUCGGACCCAAUGGGUCCGGAAAGUCGAACUCUAUGGAUGCGAUUUCAUUCGUUCUAGGUAUCAAGUCGUCCCAUCUGCGAUCCACGAACCUUCGCGAUCUCGUCUACCGCGGUCGUGUCCUGCGCACGUCAAAGGUGGAUGCGAGCGGCAACGCCAUCGAGACAGAGGCCAACGGUGACGAUCAAGCGGAGGAUGGAAUCGACGGCGAACAGUCACAGGACCCGAGCGGAUCGAACGACCCCCGGACUGCCUGGGUCAUGGCGGUGUACGAGGACGAUGCGGGCGAGGAGCAGCAAUGGCGGCGGUCCAUCACCAGUGCGGGUGUCAGCGAGUACCGGAUCAACAAUCGCAUUGUCACGGCGCAGCAGUAUAAUGAGGCACUCGAGUCGGAGAACAUCUUGAUCAAGGCGCGCAACUUCCUGGUCUUCCAGGGUGAUGUUGAGGCCAUUGCCUCGCAGUCGCCUAAGGAUUUGACCCGGCUGAUUGAGCAGAUCUCCGGCAGUUUGGAAUACAAGGCUGAAUAUGAGCGCUUGAAGGCGGAGGCUGAGGAAGCCGCGGAGCAACAGACCGUCCAGCUGAACCGUCGCAGAGGUAUCAAUUCGGAGAUCAAACAGUACCAGGAGCAAAAGCGCGAGGCCGAGAACUAUGCGAGGAAGGCGGAGGAGCGCGACCAGGCCAUUAUUACGCAUAUCUUGUGGAAGCUCUUUCACUUCCAGCGUCUGAUCGAUGCCUCCAGUGCGGACAUUCAGAAAUACCAGGAUGAGCUCAAGGAAUAUCGCCGCGGUGUUGAGAAAUACGAGAAGAAUGUGGAGGAUGCGAAGAAGGACCAUGCAAGAGUGGGAAGGGAUGUUGCCAAAGCCGAGAAGAACAUCGUCGCCAAGGAGAAAGAGAUUGAAGAGUCUACGAAUGCCUUGGUGCCUGUGGAUGAAAAGGUCGAUAUUACGAAGAAGAAGGUCGAUCGCUUCUCCUCCCGGAUUGCAGAAAUCACCAGAGAGCGCGAGGCCCAGGCCGCAAAUGCCAAGCAGCUCGAGAAGGAUCUGAAGGUCGUCGAGAAGGCCCAGGCUCAGUGGGAGGCCGAGUGGCAGAAGACGAUGAGCAAACAAGGUGGGCAGCUGAGCGAGGCUGAUCAACGGGAGUACAAGCGGCUCAAAGAAGAGGUCAACAAGAGAUCGUCGGCGGAACAGUUGAACCUGGACAAUCUGCGUCGUCAGCGCAAGACUGAAGCGGAAGCCUACAACAGCCUGAAGAGCAAGUUCGAAGGUACCGAGUGGCAGCUUAAGACCCUGGAGUCCGAAACACAGACACUGGCCGAGCGCAAGUCGUCUGUCACCGAUACUGUCAAGACUACGUCGAAAGAGAUCGAACGCAAGAAGAAGGAGCUGAACGCUCUUACCUCCGAGCGGCUACGUGUUUCACAGAUGAGGACGGAACUGGAGGAGAAGCUCCAGGUUGUGUUGAAGAAGCUUCUCGAGGCUGACGAUGGCAAGAAGCAGUCCGAAAGGGACCUUCGAGCUAAGGAGCUGAUUUCGACCCUCAAGCGGAUCUUCCCGGGCGUUAAAGGUCGUGUCAGUGAUCUUUGCAAGCCGAAGCAGAAGAAGUUCGCUGAAGCAGUGAGCACCGUGCUUGGUCGGCACUUUGAUGCCAUCGUGGUCGACAACGAAAAGACGGCGAAGGAGUGCAUCCAGCACCUUCGCGAUCAAAGAGCUGGCCAGGCGACCUUCAUUCCGCUGGAGACGAUUCAGGUCAAGGCAUUCAACUCCAACUUGAAGGGUCUGCAUCGGGGCAUGCGCCCGGCCAUCGAGACCGUUGAUUAUGAUGACUCGGUCGCUAGAGCCAUCAGCUACGCUUGCGGAAACGCUAUUGUGUGCGACGAUUUGGCAACCGCCAAGUACCUGUGCUACGAAAGGAAUAUCGAUGCGAAGGCUGUCACUCUCGAUGGGACUGUGAUUCACAAGGGUGGUUUGAUGACUGGUGGUCGCGGCCCUCAGCAGAACUCGAAGCGCUGGGAGGAUUCUGAGGUGGAGAAUCUGUACAAGCUCAAGGACAAGCUACUGGCUGACCUGGGCAACCUGCCCAAGGGACACCGCCGGGGUACUGAGGAAGAGACGCUGCAGGGUGAAUUGGUAGGACUUGAGCAACGUCUCGCCUACGCUCGUGAGGAACUGAAGGCCCUAGAAAGGAACCUCGAAAGCAAGCAUAGUGAACUGGACUUUGUGAAGCGCCAGCUCGAGGAAAUACGGCCAAAGUAUGUUGAGCGCCAAGAAAUCUUGGAAGAGCUCGAUGAGACGAUUACUACGUCCCAAGAAACCGUCAGCAGCGUGGAGGAUGAAGUGUACCGGAAGUUCUGCAAACGCCUCGGGUAUAGCAAUAUCCGUGAAUAUGAAGUGCAGCAGGGCUCCUUACAGGAAGAGGCUGCUCAGAAGAAGCUCGAAUUCACCACACAAAAGAGUAGAAUUGAGAAUCAGCUUAGCUUCGAGAAGCAGCGCCUUCAGACAACUGCUGAUCGUGUUGCCGGGCUUCAAGCACAACACCAGCGCGACGAGCAGCUGAUCGAGGAGCUCGAGGCCGAGCAGGAAAACAUUCGAAACCAACUGGAUGAAUUCAAUGCUGAGCUUGACAUCCUUCGCGAAAAACUUGAAAAGCAAAGGGAGGCUUACGCGCACUCGGCUGAGAACCUCGCACAACAUCGCCGGGAGCUCCAGAAGCGCAGCAGAGAAGUCGAGGGGACGAUCAAGAACGUCAAUGCCCUCGAGGCGGAGAUACAGCGCAAUUCGUCUAGUCGAUACGCUCUACUCCGGCGUUGCAAGCUUGAAGACAUCGAUAUUCCCCUGACUGAGGAUUCGGAUCCUCUUGAUCAACUCCCCAUCGAUGAAUUGGUUCAGGCUGCAGACCCGGAUGCCAUGGAUGUGGACGAAGAUGCGAACGGCGGCAGCGGGGAGGCAUUUACUGUGCAGGAUUAUGGCAUUGAAGUGGACUUUGACUCCCUGGGAGACACCCUCAAGAAGGAUGACGACAAGGCAGAGGAUGAGCUCCUCGAAACAGUCCGAUCUCUCAACAGCGACCUUGACAAGAUGGCCCCCAACACGCGCGCCAUGGAGCGUCUCGAAAGCGUGGAGAAUAAGCUCAAGGCCACGGAGAAGGACUUUGAGGAAUCUCGCAAGCAUGCCCGAAAAACCAAAGAGGACUUUGAGGAAGCGAUGCGCAAGCGAUCAGAUCUCUUCAACAAGGCCUUCUCGCACAUUUCCGAGCAGAUCGGCCCUAUCUAUCGUGAACUGACCAAGAGCACCAACUACCCGCUGGGUGGACAAGCUUAUCUCGACAUUGAGGACUCGGACGAACCUUACCUGGACGGUAUCAAAUAUCACGCCAUGCCCCCUCUCAAGCGAUUCCGAGACAUGGAGCACCUCUCCGGUGGUGAGAAGACUAUGGCUGCCCUGGCUCUGCUGUUCGCCAUCCACUCCUACCAGCCGUCGCCGUUCUUCGUGCUGGACGAGGUCGACGCUGCCCUAGACAACACCAACGUGGCCCGUAUCGCCAACUACAUCCACGACCACGCUGCGCCAGGAAUGCAGUUCAUCGUGAUCAGUUUGAAGAACGGGCUAUUCCAGAACAGUGAGGCGUUGGUGGGAAUCUACCGAGAUCAGGUGGAGAACAGCAGUAAAUCGCUGACCCUUGAUCUCCGUAAAUACAACUAAACCACCUGGCGGAAUCCGCUCUUCCCCCUUUCAAUGUUAUGUAGAAUAUCCAACUAUGGCUUGAUGGGCAGCAUGUUUUUAUCAGCUUAACUGUUUACGGAUUAAUGCGAUGGUUAUUUGCGUUGUUUG